AUGGCAAGCAGCGACAGUGGGAACUACAGCUGUGUAUACUACCAGUGUGAUUCCCCACACCUGGGCUCCUUUCCCAGCAACAGCCUGGAAAUCUGGGGGACAGGUGAGGACAGGGUGACAAGACUGACCUUUGAUAAACGUGAUGAACUAGGAGGUCUUUCAAAGAAAACAGCAGACACCAGAAUUGUCUCCGUCACCAUCGUCAGCUGCAUCUCCCUCAUCCUCCUCUUCCUCUCAGUGGUCUUCAUCUACAGGUGCACUCAGCCAGGGUCAUCACAUGAGGAAUCUGCUGAGAGAACCAGCUGUUCCAAAUUUCCUGAGCAGGAGGCUACAGAGUUUUCCAAGAUGGAAAGGACAUCUCUCUCGGCUGAAGACCUGGCCCAAGGAGUGACCUUUGCUGAGUUAAAUGCCAAUGCGCCAACCGAGGCAGUUUCUGUCCCCACUGAGGAGUCACUGAAAGUAUAGAAAGAAGAUGCCAAGAGCUACUGGGGGAGGACGGAGGCAGGUGGGGUGACUGGAAUGUGGAAAUCCAAAGGGCUCUGUGUUCCUCACCCC